AUCUCAAAAUCAGUAAAUAAUGUCCCUCCACCGCCGCCAGCACCAUUCCUCCUCCUUACCUUCUUGCUUCAGCCCCUCCGCCGCCGAAGAAGACGAAGACACGUUCAAAGCGUCGCUACCGCCGCCGCCGCCGCAAACGGCUGGUAAAACCGACGUUACAACAAGUUUCUACGACACAAAUCUUGGGAUUUUCUCCCUCACCUGGUCCCGCACCUUCCUCGGCAGUUCUAUCAUCUUCAACCUCCACCCUUCCUCUCACUUCUCUCCCUCUUCAUCCCUUUCUUUUCGUUUUCUUAUCAAACCCUUCGUUUUUUGGAAGAAAUACGGCAACAAAAAACUCAGCACCACCCCAAAUAUCCACGUCUUCUGGGACUUCUCCAGGGCCAAAUUCGGGUCCGGGCCCGAACCCGAAUCUGGAUUCUAUAUCGCCGUCGUUGUUGACGGGGAAAUGAUACUUCUCGUCGGCGAUUCUAACAGAGAAGCUUACGCCAAAACCAGAGCUCAAAUACAAAACCCCGGGAAAGCCCAAGCUCUUGUUUUUAGAAGGGAACACCUUUUUGGCAACAAAUCGUACACUACAAAAGCCAUUUUUGCCGGCAAAAGGAGAGAGGUCUCGAUCGAAUGUAGGGUAAACGACAGUCCGGAGCUUUGUUUCAGCGUCGAUGACGAAAGGGUAUUGCGAAUAAAGCAUCUGAAAUGGAAAUUCAGAGGCAACGAGAAGAUUGAAGUCGAUGGGGUCUCGAUUCGAGUUUCGUGGGACGUGUAUAACUGGUUGUUUGAUCGGGAUUCGAACAACGGACAUGCCGUUUUUGCGUUUAAGUUCGAGGAUGAAGAUGGAGGCUCCGAAAUUCUCGAACAAGUAGCGCCGCCGGUGGGUGGUGGUGCUUUUAACGAGAAAAACGGCGUCGUUCCGUGUCGGCCGGAUUCACCUGGCAGCGGAAAGAAGAGUAGGAGCUUGUUGACGACGGCUAGAAGCUCCUCGUCUUCUUCGAUUUCGACGUCUUCGGCUUCAUCGGGAGGAAGCUCGUCGGUAAUGGAUUGGGAAAGCGUUGAGGAAAGUGAGUUAAAUGCUCCUACCGGUUUCUCUUUGCUCGUCUAUGCCUGGAAAAAGUGA